AUGUCGUCGCGGUUCGUGUCGGCCGGCACGAUUCUCGCUGGCAGCGACGGGCGGUCUACUACCACCACCACCACUGGAGGAGUCAUAGAGGGCGCUGCGGCGACGACGGCAGGGGGGCCUGCUGCUGGGCGGCAGCCGCUGAAUAAAAGUGGCAUUGUUUCAGCGGUUGGACUGGGGAGCGCUGGCGGCGAGGCUCGGCCACAGCAGAAGCUCCUCCAGCAAGAAACACGAGAGCCGCAUGCGCAGUCACACGAGCCCACAACUGAGACCACUGCGUCGCCGUCACCAUCAUCAUUAUCAGUAGUAGCGACAACCACAGCCACAGACCCCGCGACCCAAGCCCGCCAAGCAGAAUGGGCCGCCGUACAAGCCUCGCUCGAGUCGGAACGGCGCGAGCGCGAGGCCCGCCGCCGCGCGGAGGCCCAGGGCGAAGGGGAGAAGUCGCUGUUCGCGAUCCUGCAGGAGAACAAGGCCGCGAAGCAGGCGGCGUUCGAGGAGGCGAACCGGAUCCGGAACCAGUUCCGGGCGCUAGACGACGACGAGAUUGAGUUCCUCGACGGGGUGAAGGACAGGAAGAGGGCCGAGGAGGAGAGGCGGCGGAGGGAGGUCGAGGAGGGUCUUGCCGCCUUCCGGGAGGCGCAGAAGGGCGGCGCUGGUGCUGGUGCUGGCCAGGAUGGAGCCGUGCUGCUGGAAGGGGCUGGUGAUGGAGGUGCUACUACUGCUGCUACUGCUGGAGACGCUGAGGUGUCUUGGGAACACAGUGGGAGGAAGCGCAAGCGGGAGAAGGACGGCAGUGGUGCUGUGAAGAUCGGGGGCCUUAAGGGCGUCAAGAGGAAGACGAGUGUUCCAGAAGGUGGCUCGUCAGGUACAGCUCCGGAGCAGCAGAAGAAGAGCCAGGCCGACAGCGCUUCUCCCGACAAACGAGGGGCCGCGUUCGCGCCGGCGACGCAGAAAAGUGAGCAAGCGCCUGCAAAGACGACCGGUCCUGUGCCUGCACCGAAGGCCAAGGCUAGCUUGGUGGCCUAUGGUUCGGACGACUCUGACGAAGAUUGA